AUGACGGUGGGCAUUUCCAGAGGCUAUGAGCCCGGACGAGUGCUGCUCAUCUUGCCGACCACCGACAUAGGUGUCAAGCACGCCGCCCUGGCAGAAGAUGCCUCGCUGCAAGCGGACCUCCAAGAAGCUUCCCGCCUGCUUGCAGAAGCAGAGGCCUCUCUGAGCCGGGGGCGUAUCGAGGACUCCCAGUCUGUCGCCAAGAAGGCCCUGGAGCAGUUUCGGGCCUGCAAAAGUGCCCAAGGCGUGGCCGAUGCCACCCGCGUGGCGAUGUGCGCGCUGGCAGAGUUCGAGUCCCGCAAGGAGGCUCUGGCCUUGGGCCAGGAGCACCUCAAGGAUGUCCGCGCAGCUGGAAACAAAGAGCAGGAGGCCAUGGCCUUGCAGUCCCUUGCAGAGGUGGCCACCUUCCGCUGCCGAGGGGAGCUUCGAGACUCCGCCUUGGCCUGGGCCGACGAGGCGGUGACGCUCCAGAGAGAGCUCGGCAACAAGAAGCUAGAAGGCUUCGCGCUCUUAGCUGCGGCUUCCGCAUGCACGCAGAAGAGUGUGAAGGCGCAUCAGCGGAAGCACUACUUGCGUGCCAUCAAGUCGCUGAAGGCAGCGAUUCAGCUGUUUACCGAGUGCCCAGAGGAGGACGUGGUUGGGCGCAGCGGAGAGGCCAGGGCGCUCCAUGGGCUUGCCUCGGCGACUGGCCGGUUGGAGGACUUUCGAAAGUCAGUUUCGCACGCCCGCGAAGCGGCGGCGAUGUUCCAACAGCUCGGCCUCAGAAAAGAGGAAGGGCUCGAACUCGAGUUUCUAGCGCGGCUGCAGCUGCAAUUGGGCCACUACAAGGAGGGCAGAAAGUCCGCCGAGGAGGCCCUGAAAAUCUUCAUCAAGCUGGGGAACUCCACCUGGCAGGGUGUCGCCCUCCGCACCUGCGUGAAGGCCCUGCUCCGGGCGAAGAAGGUGAAGGAGGCCCGAAAACUAGUCAACCGCCGCAUGGACAUCUUCAAGGAGGCGAAGGACGUCGUGGGCAUUGCGGCGACGUUGGAUGCCACGGCAGAGGUGGUCAUGGUGGAGGGCGACCCCUCUGGGGCCGCCAAAAUGCUCCAGGAGGCCAUAAAGCUCUCGAAGGACACAAAGAUGAAAGAGCGACAGCUGAAGAAAUACGAGGCGACUUUGAUGGCUGAGAUGGCUAACUUCUACCUCCAGGGCCAGAAGUACGACGACGCGCUCGACCAGGCGCGCAAGGCCUGCCAUCUUUUCCAGAAGAUGGACUGCGAGGUCGAGAUGGCCACCACCAUCAGUACCAUGGUCAUGUCUCUUCUCUGCAUGGAGCGGCCGGAUGAGGCUUUGGAGGAGACGAACCGGGCCAUCAAAAUCUACGAAAGCCUCAACGACAAGAAGGGCGAGGGCCUGGCCUGGAUUAACCACUGCUCCGGGCUCACGAAGAUGGGCCGCUUCGAGGAGGCUCAGAAGAUCGCGAUGCGUGCCCGCGACAUCUUCGCCAGCCAGAAGCUUCUGAUAGGUGAGGGGCAAGCCCUGGACCACCUAUCCUCCCUGCACAUGACCAAGGGCGACUUCACCAAGUCCGCGACCUGUGCCAAGCGUGCGAAGCAGAUCUUCAGCGAGGCGUCCUGCUUCCGACAGGAGGCCUUCAUGGCGUGGGCCGAGGCCGAGGCUCUGUUCGGACUGGCCCAGAUGCAGGACGACCACAAGCCUGGGGACGAUCUUCCCGAGAGCUUCAAGAAGGCCUGUGAUGCUGCAGAAGAGGCGCUGAAGCUGGCGAAGGCCGUCGACGAUGACAUCCUCGUCAUGCACUCACAGCAGGUGGUCGCCAAGACGCGAAUCAUGUCUUUCCGGCACUGGGAGGCCGAGGAGCCUGUGCAAGAGGCUUUGGAGAUUGCGCAGAAGAACAGCCAGAGCAUGGAAGAAGCCAGCCUCUUCCUGUUGAAGGCUCAGAUCCACAUCUGCAACGGGGAGGACGACAAGGCCCAGGAGGUUGCGAAGACGGCCCGAACUCUUUUCGAAGAGCUGGGCUCGGAGCAGGGCGUGGAGCAAGCGCGAGAGAUCAUCGACGGGGAUUACCUCCGACAGAGGGAGCAAGAGGAGACCGGCGUCACCGCGGCCACUCCGAUGCCGAUGAUGCCAUCUGAGUCACAAAUGUACGGCUCGGGUGGCAUCGGUGGCCGAUCUGGUGGGCCGAUGCCUAUGGGAGGAGGUGCGCCGCCUCCACAGCAGAUGGCUGCUGCGCCCAGUGCCGCCGCCCCCGCCGCGCCGCCAAAGGGGGGGCCAACGCUGGAGCAGGUGCAGGAGUCGGUCCAAGAUAUUGCGAUGUCGCUGAUCGGCGCGGACGAGCUCGAACUGGACACCCCUCUCAUGGACGCCGGCCUCGACUCAUUGGCCUCCGUGGAGUUUCAGAACAUGCUCACCAAGGAAUUCAGGGGUGUCGCGAUGCCUUCGACGCUCAUGUUCGACUUUCCGACGGCGAAAGAGAUUGCGUCGCACAUCAAGGACAAUUACCGUGGAUAG